UUUCAUUGUGUUAAACAUUAAAAUUAAACAAAUUCAAAAACACAAUUAGGAAAAGGGUCACGUAUAGUAAAAACUGUCAACGACCACGUUAAGAAGCUUCAACUAAUUUUAUAGGCCUAAGUCGGCAAGACUAAGGCCGCUGAAGAUACAAUAAAUGUGAAAAAAAUUAAAAAUGGAAAUUAUUCUACAAUUUGUAGCUUCUUGCAAGUAUAAAAGCCUUCACGUGAAAUAUGUUUGGCAGCAGACGUUUCGAGGCACUGAUUUAAAGAACAAUACCCAACAAUCAAGCUACAAAAUUAAAAAUGUUCAAAAAAACAUUUCUAAUAAUAUUGGCCGUAGCAAUUUGUGCAGCUGAACCACCACGUUUCCGCACAGUUCAACGUUUCCGCAAUGGACGAUUUUUAGCGCGACAAGUAGCAGUUCCAAGUCCUGCACCAACUGGUUAUCCUGAAGCGGGUGUAACGCCUGAAGUACCAUUUGAUUUACCAACAUCUACCGUUAAGCCAGACUCCACGUACUUGCCACCAGAUAAUACAUAUGGCCCACCACAACAACCUGAUGAAGUAUAUGGACCACCUGAAGCAGAUAUAAAUCAACCAGAUAAUACAUAUGGACCACCAGAUGUUACAGCUAUAGAAGAAGAAGAGGAUGUACCUUCAAUUGAAGAAGCUCCACAACCCGAAAUUAAAGAUAAACAACCAGAAAAUCCAGUACCGGCAAAUGAGGACGAUGUGCUCGUUGCUGUUGCAGAAGAUGGUACUGUAAUUGCGGUCUCCACUUCUUUUGAUCAGGAUAAAGUAGAUACAGUUGAACAACAAUCUGCUCGCUUACGUCAAUUUUAUCAACGGUUCCCACAGUCACGUCGUGCACCUGCACCUGUACCAGCACGAUUAAUACGUGCACGUAAAAUAGCUGUGCCAGCAAAAUUGCAAGUUCAACAACCUCAGACUUUUACCUACACUGCUAAAUUUCAGGAAUGGUAA